CUGGGGUGCUCCAAAACCGACUUGCGGAUAGUUCAAGGCCAGAAAGGUCGAAAUAAAGUGGUAGAAGUCAGUGGGCAAUUGGCUGAUCUCACCUCCGAAUUGCUAUUGAUCAAGAUUCGCAGUGUGAUUGAUUAACACAGGGUGGAAUUUCCUGUGAGCUCAAGAUGUCAGAUUUGGCGGUGACCACGGCCACCAGCGACCUCCAAGAUCGAGGCGUCCAACUCAGCCCGCAAGGACAGCUUUUAAUCCUAGUCCUGGACAUGAAUCCCAACCAGGCUUUUUUUACCAAACAGCCCGAGGCCUUGUUUCAUUGGCUGGACUCGGCCCUGGGGUUGGCCCAUUCUCAUCUGAUGCUUCAUCCGAAUAACACGAUCGCCGCCAUCGCCUCCCACAGUCAAUCCUGUUCGUUUCUAUAUCCUUCACAAAACCCGGAACUCCACGAAAAUAGUUCCCUUCGUCAGAGAGACGGUCAGUUCGAGGGUUUCUAUCAAAUGGAAGCCAUUAUCCGCCGCGAAGUGAGUCGCAUCCUCCUACAGGAGGUCCAGCCCUCGGUCCAAGUGACCUCCGAUUCAUUGCUCUCCGGGGCCUUGAGCCAGGCCUUGAGCUAUGUCAAUCGGAAGCGGCAUGAGAUCUCCGUGGCCGAGAAUCUCGUCGCUCGAAUCUUGGUCAUGUCGGCCUCCGGGGACACGGCUACUCAGUACAUGAACUACAUGAACGUGUUCUUCAGCGCUCAGAAGAUGAACGUGGUCAUUGACACGUGCAUGUUAGAGAAAGACGCCGGACUCCUUCAGCAAGGGGCGGACAUCACGGGAGGCGUGUACCAUCGCGUUCAGGCCAAGCACUUCCCAGCUUUGCUGCAGUUCUUGACAUGGAUAUUUCUACCGGAUACUAAUUUACGAGACGCCCUCUCGCUCCCUUCCAUGGACCGAGUGGAUUAUCGCGCCGCGUGUUUCUGUCAUCGAAACCUCAUCGACAUCGGGUUCGUGUGCUCCGUGUGUCUAUCUAUUUUCUGCAAGUUCAGCCCCAUUUGCACCACGUGUCACACAGUAUUCAAGACACCGGGUCCUUUACCCGGUAUGAAGCGCAAAGCCGUCCCCUCAUCCCAAUGAUUCAAUGAAAUUAAACAUUCCUUGACUUUUUGGA